CAAAGUUCCCACACAACAGUUUGGCUUGUAAGAGGAAGGUUGUUUUGUUGGGUUCAUGAGUUGGCACUGGGUUUUUGUUGGGCUCAAGAGCUUGUGUGUUCGUGAUCGUCUGAAGAAGUUGGAAUUCUUCAUUUAGGAAACAAAAACAAACCCCGUGUCGACCGUUCUUCAAGAAAACAUCAAGUCGCUUCUUGAAUCAACAUUUUUGAUGUUUUUAAACUCAAGAAUCAAGUUUUAAUCCACACGCUGAUUAUACUUGGGCUACAGUGUCCUGAGAUUAAGCUCUUCUUCUCAGUUCAUCGCAUUGCAGUUCAACAUAGAGUCAAUAUCAUCAUCCUUGACCUUGCUGGAUUCAUCUGUAAUAUAGACUCAUAUUACUUGUAUGUUAUACCACCGCACAGUGGGUAGAUGGAGAGCUGUUUGGAUACAUGACAGACAGGACACAAUGACAUUGACACGGUGUCACGGCUAUGACCUGCCCUGGCUGCACGUUGUGAUGUAAACACGAAUGCGGGGGCGAUACAUCUGAACACCUUAGAAUGGUAUCGUACACAUCUUUUGGCGGUGUUCAAGCGAUUGGGAGGCAUCAUACAAGACUCGAUUUGAUCUGAAGAAAAGCGCUGGCGUUAUCACUACAUUUAUGGUUCUCGCCUCGUGUUGUUCUGUGCUUGGUCUCCACGCUACAAUCUUAUGAAUAUUCAUGAAGGCCAUUUCAAAUCCAACGUCUUUCAAAGGAAGUAAAUUGAAUCCACAGGCGAGCCUUUCACGGCUCAAUAAUUGAGCUUAACAGGUGUGCGUCUUCCUUUAUAUAAUCUCUCUUUCUCUCUCUCUCUCUCUCUCGUUCUCACAUAAGAUUUCUUAAGUUGGAUAUAGUGUAUAGUUACACACAUUAAAAAAAAAAAUGUGAGUGACAAAAGAGGGGAAUUAACCCCUGCUGAUUCUCAUCACAAGUUACUCCGUGGACCACAAUAGUUAUGCUAUGCGCAGAAUUAUUUCCCUUGGCAAUGUUCGUUUCUUAGUGAGUGUCGGGAGUCAUACCUAUCUGAAUAUAAUUACUGAUUAUAACACGUGAUAUUACUGCUCUGGUUUUCAGAGAAGUUUUUUUUUCCUCCCAUAAAGAUAGGAUCAAUGAAAAUGUGGGAAAUAAGGGAGACCAUGUUUUAUUUAGCAGCUGCUUUACGUGAUCAGGCAAAGAACCAACGUUAAAGACUUACAUUGUGUGGAGAAGAUACAAAUCUUCUGACACCAUUCUCAACAAAUGAAACCAAUGAACAUUCCUCGUCUAAAUGGUCUAUAAACAAAUAGAAAUAUCAUUAAUUAAUGUGACAGCACAGGGAGUUGAAGUCUUUCAGCAUUUCUCUCAACAGGAUCAAACUUAUACAAGUGCUCUAUAUGCUCGGGAGUUAAUCCAGCAGAUAAUAAAAGCAUAUCUACCAUAAGUAAAAACUAUUACGCGAAUGCCUUCAUUAUACAUGUUAUAGAAUCUACUCUUCUUAGCCUGAACUCGGCUGCGCCUAUAAAGCCAGGUUUGUUCCCGGCAGCGGGCUCGUGGAAAUAAAGGGGAACAACUCAAUGAAAAGAAAUCAUUGUCUCCCUUCGAUCAUAUGCUGACGUUACGUUGGGGCCGUGGUGCGAAUUGUUUCUCGUCUGCCAACACGGGAGGUUAAGGAGUCAUCUGUCGAUCUUUGUUUAUGUACUGAAGAAUACGAAUACAUCUGCAUCGUAUAUUUAUACACUGAAACAGAUACAAUACUUUCGUGCGUUGAUUCAUUGAAGUCCAUCUAAGAGCACGCUUCUAUUUAUAAGGAUAUCAAGUUGAAUGUUGAAAAUCAUUAUGUCGUGUUGAUAGACAGGAGAAUAUAUAUACAUCUUAAAUCAAAUGCUAAGCUGACAAUAUUACACCUACAUCUAUUGGGACCGUAUAUACUAAAUGCUUUUUUUUUUGGUAGGUCGUAUGUUGAUGGAUAGGAUUAAUGAGUGAUUUUAUUAAUUUGAUUGUUCUGACAUUCACCUCUAGACAGUAGUACUAAUCCAACACAUGCUUUUUAUUUAGCCCCGUGACACACAAACUGCGAGUUCAAUACCUUUGUAUGACGUGCAUUGGUUCCUUCAGAACUCGGGUGAUGGUAAAUUUGACUCCUAGAACUUGUAAAAGUACCGGGUACACGGUACCUUUUGGCCACGUUUUAUUUCGGGGACUCUGAAAAGGAGAGAGGCGAAGAACAAAGCGAGAAAACUCUGGCAGCAGGAAGUGCCAGGUUGUCUGAAAGUUUUUUCUUGUCGGAUGUGUAGAGCAUUAAGCUGGUAACACUACACCAGCCUGGCUCUACAAAGCAUUGGUAAAUGCCAGGAGUUUUUUCAACACAAGGGCUGCAACUUCGUUUUCUGCUAAGAUGAGUAACAACAAUAUUCGAUCAAUACGUGUUAUUAUUAAAGUGAUACAGUAACCUCUUUGGCAUGUCGGAUGGUUAUCUGGAUUAUUAUAAACUCACUAACCUAUGCAUUUCCAUUCCAUAAAUGCUGACUGAUGUACUUAAGUCCAAUGAGUCAGAAAGGCUGUGUACAUGCACCUUAGGAUCAUGUCUGGUCAAGAAAAUAGAGAACCCUCAAGUCUUGUCCAGCGUGGAUUGACCAAUGGCAGUAUUAACGUUAUACUGGACUGGGAUCCAUCCGUUCAAUUCCAUGGCACUGUCCACACUGCAACUCUGGCCGUCUGCACUGUUCUAGUCAUUUUUGUUGUCAUCCUGGGGACGUUCGGUAACGGUUUGGUCAUUUUGUCUGCACUGCAGUGUCGAAAACUGAGGUCUAACUUUGAGGUGCUGGUCUUUAAUCUAGCCGGGGCGGAUCUCAUCAUCUGCCUCUGUCUUUCGCCCACCUUCUUGUUUUUAUUGUUUUCAGAUCCGCCUUCGCCCCGUGAGUUCUGCGGCGGGUAUCUCUUCGCCACAACCACGUGUGGUCUGCUCUCGUUGUUGACGCUGGUGGCUAUCGCCGCUCACCGGCAGUCUUGGCUCAAGGGCAGAGUCAAAGGAAGCCUGAGUACGCUGAAGACUGCGUUCAUCAUUGGGGCUGUAUACACCGUGGGAGUGGGCACCGCUGUUGGUGGCACGCUGCACGUGACUGUCGCGUGGAGCGACACCUACACCGACUGUCGUUACGUCAUGAACAGCAACGACGUCAAAACCAACAACGUUGUCCUCUUCUUCAUCAGCCCUGUCGUCAUUGUCAGCAUCAUCAUCAUCGUCACAUCUUAUUCAGCCGUGGCCAAGGCGGUUAGGGUUCAAACCUACCUGCGGGUCAAAUCCCUUCAACCGCUACUUAAGCCUGCCUUCUACAAGCCCAUCCAGAGUCCGUCCAAUGCAGACACCUUGACAUCUGCGCCGGAAGUACAGCAGUCUAUCUUAGAGAACACUUCCGGUAAAAAAUUGUCCUCCCUUAGACACUGUUCCUGCUGCAACUGCAUGGCGGCGCUGGACAAAGAAAAUAAAGCCGUGACAAUGUGCCUGCUUGUUAUAUUAAUCAUCUCUCUGUGCUGGACACCCCUUGUUGUCUCGCAUUUUAUUGAACUGAUCUCCGGUCAGUCCAUUAUAGUCUACCAGGUCAAGCUGUGCGGCAUUGCUCUCAUCUUUCUGAACAGCGCCCUCAACCCGUACAUGUACGCCCAGGGAAACGGGCGAAGUAAGCAACGGUACGGUAGAUUUCUUUGGGACAUGGUCCGUUGCGACUGUCGAAUACCCAAAACUCGACGAUUCAUAACCCUGAACGCAAAAACAGCGGAUCUUAGAACUGUACAAAUCUCCAGGAAACACCAAAACUCUAUCGUUUCACAAAAAUGUCCAGAUAAAACCCUUCCCCCGGCCCACACCAAAGAGAAAUGCAAUAAAUUAUUAAAGACGACUUAUACCAAUAACAUAUUGCUCUACGGAGAUGUCCACUCAUCGAUUCCUGUCAGAACGAAAGAAGAUUGGCGCCAAACCAAAAAGACGUUGGCCCAAACGAUCAUCAUCAGUGAUGUGAAAACAUUGGUGCAUAAAAGUUGUUGUCAUAGGCACGCCCCUGACGAUCAAAGUUUAAUCGACUCUUGACACGACAUCCACAUUGUAUUAUUUAUUGUUAUUACAACGUAUGCCAUUGAGUUUUAAAUACACAAUUGAAAGCAUUCGAUUUUAUUCAUCAAUCAACUUAUGUAUAUAUAUAUAUAUUUGGCAACAUUGCCACCUAAAUUUUAUAUGCCAGAUUUUUAGACAGCUGAAAUCAAAUCAAAAUAUUUUCAUACUGAUUAGCUUCUGUUAAUUUUUCUUAGAAAAGAUAUACAUUUAUGAAUUGCUUAAGUGUUUGUUGACAAUUACACAUAUAGCACAUAGUCUUAAGUCUAGAAAGAUAAAUACAUGCAUUUAGACGAAAUAAUUAUGAAUUGUGGCAUCCUGUCGCAGUUAACAUUAUGUUUGUUUUGAGAGGAGGAGAGAGUUUGUGUAAAUGUUGUCACGUUUUCUAUGGACAUGCUUGAAAUAGUUGCAACUUAAUUUCUACAACAUUGUGUUGACGUCUGCUGAAUGAGAGUUUUCACAAUGUGAUCGCUUAUUUGUAAAUAAAACAGAUCAACUUAAUA